UUCGUAUCAAUGGUGCCAAAAUGACAGAUAAAAAUCCAAGACCAGCAGAUUCAGCUGACAAUUAUGUCACCAACCAAUGGCCUUUGGAGCUCUCUGAGCACUUGAAUUUUGAUGAUGAUCAAUGGCUAGACGAUGACCCGGAUUCAUUUGUUUCGGGGCAUGCCUUCAGCCAUAACAAUCAAGCCAAUGAAGUUGGUGGCUUUGGAGGAAGUGGCACCCACUUUGAAGAGUCUUCUAGCAGAGACGUUGGCAAUGAACGUGAGAAGAAGGAAGUCAGGGAUAGAGUUGCAUUCAAAACAAAGUCAGAGGUUGAAAUACUGGACGACGGCUCCAAGUGGAGGAAGUACGGAAAGAAAAUGGUGAAAAACAGCCCCAAUCCAAGGAACUACUAUAGGUGCUCAGUGGACGGAUGGCAGGUCAAAAAGAGAGUUGAAAGAGAUAAGGAUGAUCCAAGGUUUGUAAUAACAACCUACGAAGGAAUCCAUACUCACCCAAGUUAUAGCUAAGUCGAAAAUUAAGAAGUUUUGCAGUUUCGUGGGCCAUAGCCGCAAGUACAACCACUGGUUCUUAUCAUCACUACACAUGCUCUUGUAAAGUGUUACUUGUGAGGCAUGUCGACAAUUAUCAAAGUUAGUAAUUUUUCAUGAACAGUUUAACUUUAAGGGCUAUGAAGAUCAAACAGAGGAAACUUGUUUUCUCUCCACGACAAUGGAUUUUGGAAGGUGCCAUGUUUCUAAACAAUAGUACAUAGAACUAGCACAGUCACUAUUGAGUAUAAAUGAUUUCAUGGAUGUGAAUAAAGGUUGACACAACUGUGAGGAGGAUAUAACGAAAAAGGACAAUCAGAUUUCCCUAUGUUGUAUACCCUAUUUUCGCACUGUGACCCCAUGUAUGGUUUGUAAUACCCCAAAGGUUUAUGUUUUUUUUAUGCUGUUAGCAUUUUUUUUUCUUGUCUUUAUUCAGUAGAUAUAUUUUGUAUUGAAUUAGCUUGUGAAUUAAACUACAAGCAGCAGUACUUUCUACGUGAAUUCCCCUAAUCUUCUAAAAUCCCUGUUUUUCCAAAAUUUCUUCACCUCUUAGAACCCCUAACCUAUAAAUGUAUUAAGGAUUUUAUGCUGCGCAUGAGGUCAGGGGAGAAAGAA